AUGUCUGAUUUCGGAGAUGACGACGUCGGCGUGGGCGGCGACGAGCCCAUGCUGGAGGAGGAGGAGACGACCGAGUUCUACGACCCCGAGGUCGUCGAUGAGGAGGAUGGGGAAAACGUAGGCAACGGCGAAGAUCAGGACCAUGUCGUCAUCUCCGGCGACCCAUCGGCGGCCGCCAAUGCGCUCAAGGGCGGCGACAAGUCGAUGAAGGACAAGAAGAUUCCCGAGAGCGAGCGGACUACAACGCCGUACAUGACGAAAUACGAGAGGGCGCGCAUCCUGGGCACCCGGGCUCUGCAGAUCAGCAUGAACGCGCCGGUGCUCGUGGACCUCGAGGGCGAGACGGAUCCACUGCAGAUUGCCAUCAAGGAACUGCGAGAGAAGAAAAUUCCGCUGAUUGUCCGGAGGUAUAUGCCGGAUGGCUACUACGAGGACUGGACAUGCGAGGAGCUGCUGCAAUGA